AAAAGAAUUCUGAGAACUAAGCCAUGCAGAAACAGUUGAUAAAUCAGACAGGCAGAGGGACCCAGCAGAGACGGGCAAAGUCUGUAAGUCAUCACAUUCCAUCAGAAAAAUCCAGAUGAAACCAGAUGAAAAAGCACUGCAACAGUAAUCCUAAACAACUCCUGGGACCACUGAACACAGAAACACGGCAAGAGAUCAUAUUUGAAAUAUGGCUCAGAGUGACUUCCUCUAUCCAGAGAACCCAAGAAGGCGGCAAGAAGUAAACCGUCUUCACCAGGAGCUCCUUGACUGCUUAUCUGACAGCUUCCAGGCCACCAAUAAGCUGAUUGGAGUUUUAAAUAUGCACUUAGGGUGCAGGCUGGCCUCCAUUGAAAUGAAAAGAGAUGGGACCAUCAAAGAAAACUGUGAUAUCAUCAUUCAAGCCAUGAUGAAAAUCCAAAAAGAAUUGCAAAAGGUUGAUGAAGCUCUAAAAGAUAAGCUAGAGCCAACCCUUUAUAGAAAACUUCAGGAUAUUAAGGAAAGAGAAACCGAGAAAAUUGCCAUAGUACAAAAGGUUAUUUCAGUCAUCUUGGGAGAAGCUACUUCUGCAGCCAGCGCAGUGGCUGUUAAACUUGUGGGCUCAAAUGUCACAACUGGCAUCAUUAACAAGUUGGUCACUGUGUUAGCUCAAAUUGGUGCAUCGCUCCUUGGUAGCAUAGGAGUUGCUGUUCUUGGCCUUGGCAUAGAUAUGAUUUUCCGUGCCAUCCUGGGAGCAGUGGAGAAAACACAGCUUCAAGCAGCCAUCAAAAGUUAUGAGAAGCAUCUGGUAGAAUUCAAGUCGGCCUCAGAAAAAUACCAUCAUGCCAUUACUGAGGUCACCAACACAGUGAAACACCAAAUGAAAUAAACAGUUACUUUGUCACUGGAAUAUUUUUCUGCUUUCUCAAUGAUACUGUUGUGCUUCUUUGAUUAGGCUGAUUUACCAUAAGCUUCCAACAUGGACAUAAAUAUGGUAAGCAACUCAGAAAGAGGAAUCAGAGAUGCUAAAACUAGAUGACUCUAGAGAGUCUUCUAUCACAAUGAAUGCCUGGAUUGGCUGGUGCUAGAUCCUCUAAGAGAUCACAUCCCAGGAUGUCUUUUCACUGUGUUCGACAGAUCAACAUUAGGGUGAAUGCUAGUGUAGAGCAGCAGGUGUAGGGGUUACCUUUUCCUUGUCUAAAUUCCCACUCAAAAUCUUCAAGAGGUUUUUCAAAGUUCCCCGUUGGAAAAGCUUUCCACACGACUCGAAAGGCCAAUGCCCCUCUCAGGAAAUGAGCCAAUAACCUUUGACACCAGUGACCAGUCCAGUGAAUCCUACCUUAAUUCCACUAACCCUGGAGGCCCCCAAACAGGCAAGACUGACUCUUAAAACCAUAACAUCCAAUGUGGCUCACUUAAGGUAUUUCUUACUUUUCACCAAAGUAUUUAUAGGUUUGAAUUUCAUCAAAUUUAACAUUCAAGGAUUCAGACUCCACCUACACAUUUCUGAUUUUAUAAUGAUUAAACUAUUUCCUUUAAAAUCUACAUCGAAUGCAUAGACUUUCAUUUCUACCACUAGCUUCAGACAUCAUUUAGUUCUAAGGGACGUGCUUAACAACUUCUGCCUAAACACACAAACCCUGGGCCUUCAGAUGGAAUAGAAAUACUACCGUAAUUUUGGCCAUCAAUUUAAAUUCAUUUUUCUGUAAACUGGAAGAGAUCGAAAUAUGGUUUGUAACAACUGACUUCGAUGAUAAAAGGAGCCAAGAGUUCUGUAAACGUCUCCUAACUACACACUGUAAUCUGGAUGAAUUUUUAAAAGACAAAAGUAUAAAAGAAAAAGUUAUUUCUCUAAUUGCAAUCAACCCUGACCAUCUGUGAUGUGAUGAUUAAAUACACCUCAAGUGAGUAUUUACACACUCUGUAAUAUUUAAAAAACAAGAAAACCAUAUAUAUAUUUUUUUCCACACACAUAUACUAUAUGCAUGUACAUAAAUGUGUGUGUAUAUGUAUACAUGGCGUUUAUAGAGAGAGAGGGAGAAUUUAGGGUGCAGGAGAGGAACUUGCUACUCUUUUAAGAAUUUGUCAUUUACAGGAAACUUGUAAUUUAUUAUUUGAGUUUUCAGAAAAAUGAAACUUCAUUUUCAAUACUAGCAAAAAGGAAGAAGCUUCCCUUGCUCUAUAAAACUUCAGGUGAUCCAUUUCAUUACCUAAUUUCAGGAAAAUCCAAGGCUAUGGAGGCUUAAUGGUUCGAGUGAAUUUCUGCAGAUGCCAAUAACUCCCCCGUUGAGACUUACAAAAUUAUUUUAAAAGUUAUUGAUGCAAGAGUGUGUUUGUUAUACUUGAUUCUUGCAUUGAAGUACAAGAAAUGUCUUGUGUAAUUUUAAAAGUUCAACAUACCUCAAAAAUUAAAGCCAGAUGAAAUAGUU